AGAUUUUCUUGUUUGGGUUCUUACACCUUUGCUCAAUUCUAUAUCUCUCUCUGCUCCUCCUUCGAUCUCUCUCUCUCUCUCUCUCUCUCGGAUCUCAGAGCUUCCGUUGGACAUUGUGAAUAAGCUCUGGUCUUCGUUACAGGUUCGUGUCACUAUUCGAUCUUGGUAAGAUUGGAUUCUAUUGGUAGAUCUAAAAUUGCUUCAAUUAGGCUCACGUUUUCUUGUUCACAGUGAGUAUUUUCAUUUUCUUCUAUCACCCACAUCCAAAUACCAAACCUGAAUCUGCAAAUCCCAGAAGGCCCCGAAACUCCAUAGCAACAGCUCUGUACACUCCAUUGAGUUGGAAUUCUCAGAAGUCAGAAUUGUUAUCGAAGCCAUGAGAUAGUGUUUGAUCCAAUGAAGAUUACAAUUGAAAAUCACAAGUAUCAGUCAUGAAAACAGCAUCGAGGGAGGGAGAAGAGGUUGAAGAAGAAGCUUCAUCUACAGCAGAAGUAUAUAAACAAGAGCUUAUAAAAAAAGCACGCCCACAAGUCACGUGCUUUACAUUCCCCAAGUGGUAAAAUAGACCUUUUGUUUAUCACCCUCAGCAGCAGCCAGCCACCAAAAUCACCCCCACACCCAAAUAACCCAACACCGACAGCCACCACACCUGACCGGUGGUAGCCCCCUUCUCCUCACCGUCGGCCAACCCCUCCUCCCUCUUCCCACCACCAUGACCACGACCUCCUCUCCCUGAUAUCCCCUCAAAUUUGUGUUUCAUAAUUGAUUUCUGGGUUUCAAUGUUUAUGAUUUUUCAAUUGGAUUUCUGGUAUUCAUGCAUAUCAGUAAUGAAUUUUAUUGAAUGAAUUGAAAUACCUGUCUUUGCGGAUCUGCAAACCCCAGAAUGGCCUGAAACUCAAUAGCAACUGCUCCAUAUACACUCCAUCGAAGUUUGAAUUCUGAGACUGCAAAAGAUGGAGAGCAGUGAAGAGCAGAAGCUCCAAGUUAGAAAACUAGAGCUCUCAGACAAAAGCAAGGGCUUCAUAGAACUACUGCAACAGCUAACUGUUUGUGAUUCUGUAUCCGAUAAGGACUUUGAAGAUCGAUUUAGGGAGCUUAAUGCCUGUGCAGAGGACCAUCGGGUCCUUGUUAUAGAAGAUGACCUUUCUGGAAAGAUUGUUGCAACUGGGAGUGUGUUCAUUGAAAGGAAGUUUAUAAGGAACUGUGGCAAAGUCGGGCACAUUGAAGAUGUGGUGGUUGAUGCCAAUGCUCGUGGGAUGCAGCUAGGGAAGAAAAUUAUUAAUGCCCUCACGGAUUAUGCUCAUUCUCUGGGGUGUUAUAAGGUGAUUCUUGAUUGCAAUGUUGAGAAUAAAGCAUUCUAUGAGAAGUGUGGCUACAAGCAGAAAGAAAUUCAAAUGGUGAAGUAUUUCAUAUGAGAAACAUUUAAUUUUCUUGUAAGUUUGCUUUGGGAUUAUACUUAGAUCUUCUUUGGAAAAAAAACACCAUUUCUUUAAUUGGUUCAUGGUUGCAAGGCAAAGACCUACAUGGGAUGAUUUAUGACUUGUGAUAUUGUUUCAAACAUGUUCAUUUGUGUUUGUGCCUCGAUAAUUGUGCUGCAUUGAGGCUGGCUCCUACGGCAAUUUUUGCUGGUUUAUUACUUUCGAUUGGCGUUUUUCAGAUUUAGUCAUAUUGACAUAUAACUUGACA